GACGGACCCCCUUAAGUACGGCACGGAAAUGCUCGAGGUGUUCGACAAACCCUAUGCGGAUCCUGUCCCACUGCCGCUGGUCAACAGUGCCUGGCCCCUGGCGACCAUAAUCGCACUCUAUCUCCUGUUUGUCCUGAAGCUGGGGGGGCAGUUUAUGGCAAGGCAUGAGGCUCUUCAGCUGCGUGGAGUCCUCAAGGUGUACAACAUCGUCCAGGUCCUGUACAACACGGUCAUGCUAAUAUGGGGCAUCCAUCUGAUAUUCGUGGUCAGGCCGUACAAUUUGAGCUGUAUGACCGUCCUGCCGCAGGAUCACCCAAUGAAGUCCACGGAGCGCACCCUGUCCUAUGUGUACCACCUCAACAAGGUGCUCGAUCUAAUGGACACAGUGUUUUUCGUGCUGCGCAAGAAGCAGCGCCAGAUCACCUUCCUGCACGUCUUCCAUCACGUAUUCAUGGCGGUGACCACCCACCUGCUGAUCCGAUUCUAUGGCCAUGGCGGCCAUGUCUACUUCAUCUGCAUGUUCAAUGUGCUGGUUCACAUCGUGAUGUACGGCUACUACUAUGCCUCCUCCCAGAGCCGCAAUCUCCAGGAGAGCCUCUGGUGGAAGAAGUACCUGACCCUCACCCAGCUGGUCCAGUUCCUGCUGAUGUUCCUGCACUGCGCCUACACCGGCCUGCAGCCCAACUGCAAUGCUUCUCGGGGCGUCAUCUACUUGAUCUGCACCAUGUCUGCGUUCAUGUUCGUGAUGUUCACCAAUUUCUACAUAAGCACCUACAUUCGACCGAAGAAGGGCAGGUCCAAGGGCAAAGCUCAAUGAUUCCCAUUCCCAGUGAUCCCAGCCAAAAUUUGAAUUCGAAAUUUGAAUUUUCCCUAAACGAAUUAAAUAUGUAAUUAAAUGUACACCGAGACGGCA